UGAGAUUAUAAAACCUCGGAUCGCCUUUUGCCUAGCUGUACCUUCAACACAUUUAGCCCCGAACUCCCACGGCCACCGUCUGCUGCUCCCUAAGCAGAGGCUCAUACAACGGCGUCAAGCCUGGAGCUUUAAAGACAACAACGGGUGUUCCCGUUAAAAGCACCAAGGUUCCCAAGACAUUGGAUUAGCUGAGUGAAAUUCAGCACUGAAGCUAAAACCACCGUUGUUGCCACCAGUCCAAUCAUAAGUCUUAUAAAUCAGAACAAAAUGGUGCAGAACAAAAUCACCGAAGUUACCGGAUUCCAUCGCUCUUUUAAGGGUCAAAAUCCCUUUGAAUCGGAGACGUUUUCCAAAACCGGAUCCCAUCUUCUUGAUACUGCCUUUAAUUUUGAUUGUUCUGCCCGUCAUGACAUGCCAUCCAGCCAGCCCAUUGACAUCCCUGAUGCUAAGAAGAGAAACAAGAAGAAAAAGAGAUGCAGGGCAACAGACAGCUUCUCAGGGCGGUUUGAGGAUGUAUACAAACUGCAGGAUGAUGUGCUGGGGGAAGGGGCCUAUGCCAGGGUCCAAACUUGCAUCAGCCAAAUCACCCAUAAAGAAUAUGCUGUGAAGAUCAUUGAGAAGAGGCCAGGACACAGCAGGAGUCGUGUUUUCAGAGAGGUGGAAAUGCUGUACCAGUGCCAGGGCCACAGAAAUAUUCUGGAGCUGGUGGAAUUCUUUGAGGAGGAGGACAAGUUUUACCUUGUGUUUGAGAAGCUGAGAGGAGGCUCCGUCUUGGCCCACAUUCACAAGAGGAGAUACUUCAGUGAGCAGGAAGCUAGCAUUGUGGUGCAGGACAUUGCGAGUGCGCUGGACUUCCUUCAUAAUAAAGGUAUGGCCCACAGAGACCUGAAGCCUGAAAACAUCUUGUGUGAACAUGAGCACAGGAUUUCUCCAGUGAAGAUUUGUGAUUUUGAUCUGGGCAGUGGAAUUAAACUCAACAGUGACAGUUCUCCCAUCUCCACCCCAGAGCUCCUCACUCCAUGUGGAUCUGCUGAAUACAUGGCACCAGAAGUGGUUGAAGCCUUUAACGAGGAGGCCACCAUCUACGAUAAGCGCUGUGACCUGUGGAGCCUGGGGGUCAUCCUUUACAUUAUGUUGAGCGGUUACCCUCCCUUCGUGGGCCACUGUGGAAGUGACUGUGGUUGGGAGAGCGGAGAACCUUGUCAAACAUGUCAGAACACCUUGUUCGAAAGCAUUCAGGAGGGAAAAUAUGAGUUUCCAGAGAAAGAGUGGGCUCAUAUUUCCCACAGCGCCAAAGACCUCAUUUCCAAACUGCUUGUGCGGGACGCCAAGAAACGUCUCAGUGCUGCUCAGGUUCUCCUGCACCCCUGGGUACAAGGAGGUGCACUUGAUUGUCUCCCCUCCUCCGUCCUGCCCCAAAGGAACAGCAGCACUAAGGACUUGACGUUCUUUGCGGGCAAGGCAGUUGCCAUGAACCGGCAACUGGCCGAGCAAGACGACCUGGAAGAGCAGCAGCUGCAGGACCCUCCUCAGUUCGUCACGAAUGGUGCCACCUCGAUGCGCCUUUCUCCUCCCUCUAACUCCAAACUGGCCAAGCGAAGACAGAGAGGCAGCCUGCUGAAGGGAGCACCCGUUUCUGCCUCCGAGCUCAGGCAGCUCCUGGCACCGUUGGUCAUUGUGGGAGACUGUGCUUGAUUGAUGGAGCUGUGCUCCCUAAUUUUCAGAUUUCAGAUGGACAAAUGAACAACUGAGUAUCCUCUACCUUCGUGCAAACAUCCCUCUCCCUUUCCUCUGUCCACUUGAAUAAAACCCAACUCUUUCCUAAAUGAUAGUUCAAUUCAGGCCUGUCGCUAUUCCAGUUAGUUCCCUUAAGAACUGGCGCAUGAGCUUGAACAGCAUUUUGGUCAACACUCCGCAGCCUGGGAAUAACGGUCACCUUAACAGCUCUAGGCAUUUGAACUUGACUGGGUUUAGGAUAGAGUCUGGGUUACAUCAGCCAUUCUGAAAUUUGUUUAAAGACAGAGCAUGAAAUACCAGCUCAGACACCAAAGGUCUAAUACCCCUACCCAAACAUCCUUUUUGUGCUGCUUCCCCGUUACAACUGGAUCCACUGUGAAUUUUCUCUGUGAGAGAUGAGUGCGUUAGUUUCAGGAAUGUUCUGCCUGUAUGUUUGCAUGGGCGCUCACCCUCCCUUUCAACAGAUACUGAAGAUAUUAGUGUGCGUAUACAACGCUGAUGAAGGUUAUUAAAAGUGGCAUUAUUUUAGUGGAGAUCUCGUCUGAGUGGAGCGAGGCUCUGAUAAUAGUGCCUCACCCCACUAAAUGCAUCCCUGGUUUUGCACCCCACACAGCCUUUUCAUUUAAUUUGUCAGCAAGAAAAUCGCCUGACCAUUAGGAAUUGCUGGCUUUUUCCCCUGUUAUUCAAGCACUUCCAUUUUCAGUGCCAGUGUGCCUACUUCCACAUCUACAUGAAUCACUUUUAAAAGCCAGACUAUCCCAGCAGUGUGCUUUCAGGACAUUGGUUCCUCUAUCUGAGGAUUGUAUGCAAAGAUUCCUGCCUUGCAAAACUUAGAAUAAAUAGAUUUGGUGAACACAAUGCAUCCAAACUGAGGUCCAGGAAGCCACAACGGUUACCGAACUGUCACCAAAAAACUUAAAUGAUAAGACAUUUCUGAGCACACAGGGAUUAAGUGCAUGCUGGGAGACAUCCAGGUGGUUGCACAACCACAUGUUUGCCAAUGUGACUAGAUGAAUGACGAUGGCUGGCAUCAGGGAGUAAAGGCUUUAAGCAUGUGGCCGCCACACUGAGGGGGACAAUUAUGGUAUGGAAAUAUAAAUUUAUCACCUUGUGGAUGCCGCCAAAAAGUAAACCAUUCUAAAUAUUAAGAGGGGAAGGAGAGAUUUAUUUUCAAGUAAUAUCAAAUAAAAUAAAAAAAUGGAAAAAAACAUUCCAGAAAAAAAGGAUUUAAAAACUAUACAAAACUAUACAAAAAAAAGUCUUCCAAAAAAAUUUAGCUGUAUGAGUGAAAUGGAAGAGAAAGAAAGUUUACUUUGUUUUUAUGUUUAUAGUUGACUCCAAUUCAGAGUGUGCCACACUGAUGUUUCAAACUUUUGUUGAGCUUUGUUUAACUUUUUCUUGAAAGAUUUUGUAUCUUAUUUUUAAGCAGGUGCUGUUCAGUUGGAACAAUUUUCUUUCAUUUUUGUAUCGUUUUUGUUACUUAUUAAUGUUGAUUAUUUGCUGUAAAGCGAGAGCAGAGUGUACAUGAAAGUGACUAGAGCAAGAGGGGAGAAAAGGAAAAAACGAAAGAAGAAAUCAAUUCUGAUUUACUGUUUUUGUUCUUGCUUUGGAAGUGACAUCUGGGUUGUUUAAACUCCCCUUUUCUCUCUGUAAUGAUUGGUGGUUUGGUUGUUUUAGAGAGAUGCAACAAAUUUUGCCAUGGCAUCUCUAAAAUAUAAAGCUCUAAUGUCAGCAGGUGUCUGGGAGUGCUGAUCUUGGAUCAGUUUUAACCAUUCACACGCUUAAUUCAUAAGAUGCAGUGGACUGGGUUGAGGUGAACAUAAAUCGCCAUUACCUGUCCGAGAGGCAUUUGGGCCCAUUGGUCUGGAAUCAGAUUAAGUUUUUAUGAGUUCUACAAGCAUUAGUGUCACCAAUGGGAGUUGAAAUCACCUGAGCAUAUAAUCCUGUUGAAUGUUUCAGAGCAUCACCAGUUCUUUUGUGUAGAGCUCUGAAAUAUAUGAAACCUAAUGGCAGUCCUUAGUUUUGAAGGGCCCAUUAUGCUGAUUAUUAUGACAUUGAUUGUAACCUUUAUUGAUUUUCUUUUUUUCUUUUUAAGAAUCUUAUUACAGCUACAUCUUUGUUUUUUUGUUUGUUUUUUAUGUCUUAUAGUAAGACUUAAAUUGUAUGUGCAGCGGUUUCCUCUUAUUUUGUUCAGGAAAGUACUUUGCUACAAUGAAUAUGUACAAAUAGAAAACAAAAGCAUUCAUAAGCUCAGAUUUAAAGCAAUCUUUGGUCCGGAAAAUACAAUUUCCGUGGAUUUUGUUCUGUUGUUGUUUGUUUUGUAUUUUAUUGUCUUUCUGCUUUAUUGCAGAUAUCCCAAAUGUUUGGGGUUUGUAUUUUCUGAAGUGUCUGUGGCGCUUGGCUGGUCCUCAAAAGUCCCUGUGCCUCUGACAGAAGAUUCACCACUGUUUUACCCAUACAGUUGUAUGGGUUGCCUUGUAUUAACAAAUGGGAUGGGAUGGG